AUGACCGUUUCAACCAAUCGAGAACCUAUAGAGGCUUUUCAUGAUCGUUUCAUUUCUACUAGGCCGGGUAGUUUUGUGGUUCGUGAUAGCGGUACCCACUCGAACUGCUACGCCCUCUCGGUGCGUGUCGGCGGGAACGAAGGUGAAGCUGUUCAUUUGCACCCCACUGCUGCAGCUGAGCGCUGUCUUUCCGCUGGUAUGGCACCGCGUACCGCCCUUGCCGGAGGCGCUAAUAGUGGUGGUGGGGGAAUAAGCCAUUAUUUGAUCCAACGCACUGCCACAGGCGUACGUUUAAAGGGGCUAGAGAAGGAAUGGCCUUCCCUGGCUUGCCUUAUCCUCCACCUCACUGUCAUGCCCGAGAUGUUGCCCUGUCCCCUCCUUGAUGCACCCCAGUCCUCCUCCAAUCCAGCUGCUUUCUUCCGUGGAGGUGGUGCCUCAGUACACCCUGCACAUUUCGAACAGGCGCCUGACGCUUGCGCUUUUCGACCCAUCUCUGCGCGUGGCGGAGAUUCGGGUCCGCUCACUCCGUCACAGCAAGUACCACCACCGCCACCACCCCAUUCGGAGUAUCAGCAGUUGUCAGAGUUUUCUUCCCUCCUAGCCGACCUCAACAUACCUGAGGAGAGGCGAAGGCACCGACCACACCCACCGCCACCUCCUCCGGCACGGAUUCGAUGA